AUGGCACCAUCAGCUAUUACCAACAGUCCUCCCCCCUCAGUCGCCGGCGAGACAUCUUCAGUAGCCAGCUACCGCAGCUACGACCAUGUGCACUGGUACGUCGGCAAUGCCAAGCAAGCCGCAAGCUACUACAUCACCCGCAUGGGCUUCAAACGCAUUGCCUACAAGGGUCUCGAAACCGGCACACGCCAUAUCUGCUCCCAUGUUAUCCGCAAUGGCGAGAUAACCUUCAUUCUGACCUCUCCUCUGCGGUCCCUUGACCAAAUGGACCGUUUCAAUCCCGAAGAGCAAGCCGAGCUAAAGGAGAUCCACGAUCACCUUGAAAAGCACGGCGACGCAGUCAAGGACGUUGCCUUUGAAGUUGACAGCGUCGAUGAUGUAUUCUUUGCUGCUGUGAAGAAUGGCGCCAAGCCUGUCUCUAACCCUACGGUCCUUGAAGAUAAGAGUGGCCAUAUCAAGACUGCUACUAUCCAGACUUAUGGGCAGACCACCCAUACCCUUAUUGAGCGCAAUGAGUACCGUGGUAUCUUUAUUCCAGGUUAUCGUGAUGAUACUGGCAAUGAGGACCCCAUUCUGCAGUUUUUGCCCGAUGUUCAUCUCAGACAUAUCGAUCACUGUGUUGGAAACCAGGACUGGGAUGAGAUGGAUAAGAUCUGUGAAUACUACGAGAAGUCUCUUGGCUUCCACCGUUUCUGGUCUGUCGAUGACAGCCAAAUCUGCACUGAGUUCUCGGCUUUGAAGAGUAUCGUCAUGGCUUCACCCAACGAAAUCGUCAAGAUGCCCAUCAACGAGCCAGCAAAAGGCAAGAAGCAAUCCCAAAUCGAGGAAUACGUGGACUUCUACAACGGUGCCGGUGUACAGCAUAUUGCACUCCACACCGACGAUAUUAUCCGUGAUAUCACCAAUCUCAAGGCGCGGGGUGUUGAGUUCAUCAAGGUUCCUGAGACAUAUUAUAUCGACAUGCAGGCCCGCUUGAAACAGUCUGGCUUGGUACUCAAGGAAGGCUUCGAGACUAUCCGCAGCUUGGACAUUUUGAUUGAUUUCGAUGAAGGUGGCUAUCUACUGCAGCUUUUCACUAAGCACAUGAUGGAUCGCCCCACUGUUUUCCUUGAGAUUAUCCAGCGACACAACUUUGAAGGCUUUGGGGCUGGAAAUUUCAAGUCACUAUUCGAGGCUAUCGAACGAGAGCAGGACCUCCGCGGUAACUUAGUUUAA